AUGUCAUGCAUAAGCAAAAAAACUUUUGAUGAUACAUAAAAUUACAAAAAGGCUAGACAUGUAUUAUAAAGAAUUAAUGCUGAGAUAAAUUGUCAGGUGUAAUUCUUGAAUUAACAAAUAAAAGCGCAGGAUUUGCAAAGAAGGUAAGAUUAAAUCAUUAGUCACUAGAUGUCUUUUUGAGGCUGAUGAAAUAAUAUAAAUUAAUCAUAUUUGUUUUAUUAUUAAAUCUCAUCUUUAAGCCAGUGAUAUGCUUGAAAAUAUAAAUUUCCAUUAUUAAUAUUAUGUUAAUUUACUCUUUAUAAAAGAAUAGUGCUUUACUCUAUUCCUGGCAUGUAACCAGAUAAAUCAAUUUAGGUUGAAUUUAAUAUUAAUAUAAUGAUUCAUGUCCUACCUAGUAAAUUAAAUCAGUUGGCUGCAUUCACAAGGAAAAAUGUGAUACUUUGUUUUAAGAGAUUAAUUAUUGAUUCAAAAAAUAAGGUUUAUUAAUAUAUUUAUUUAUUAAUUAAAGUAGAUGAAAUAAUCACAAAACCAAAUUUUAAAACCAAAAACCUAAACAAAAGCCACAAAAAAUAAACGACUAAGAAAAAAAGUUAAGAAACUUUCAAUUGUUAUAUUAACAAAAUAUUCAGAAGUGUGCAUCCUGAAUUAUCUUGUUCGAGAAAAGCUUUGAGAAUUGUAAAUUAAUUUACUUACGAUAUCUUUGAAAAGAUUAUGUAAGAGGUAAAGACCUUACUUAAAAUCACCAUCAAAAAGACUCUUAUGGCAAGAGAUAUUCUUACAGCAGUCAGGUUUUUAUUUCCAGGAGAAUUGGGGAAGCAUGCUGCACAUGAAAGAGUUAGGCUCUAUUAAGGUAAAAAAGUAGCUGAAUUAACGGCUAUUCUGAUAAGAAAAGAAUUGAAAUAAAUAUAUAUAUAUAUGCUGAUGUGA